UUCACGUUCAAUGCCGGCCCCAUCGCACUGGCAGUCAAUUUCUUCACACCCAUCGACCCGACAGAUCUCAAGCGACUGUCACUCCCGGCCUCUUAUAUAUCGGUGAGCGCCUGGUCUCUGGAUUCGGACACUCAUGAGAUUCAGGUAUAUCUCGAUAUAACUGGCGAAUGGACUUCCGGUGACUCCAAUGAAGAGGUGGUUUGGGAUAUGAAGGAAAUAAAAGGCAAUAAAACCAUAAUUACUGGUGAUAUGAGACUCAAGAAUCCACAGAUAUUUAAGGAAAUUAGUGAAUCGUCUCAAUGGGGAAGAUUCAAGUUCUUCACGGAUUCUAUGGUCACUCACGAGGCCAAUGGUUGUGAGGGAAUGCGCUCUAAAUUCGUAAAGAAUGGUCGACUCGACAACAUAGUGACCAACACUUACCGCAAAAUCCACGACAACUGGCCAGGUUUUGGUUUCGCCCGCACUAUCACUUCCAGGCCAUUGAAUGGUGGAGCUCCCAGUGUUGGAUAUUAUGGUAUGGCACACGUCAGGCGCCCCGCAAUUGAAUACACGGACUCCCAGUUGAAUCAGCUCUGGGAAAGCUAUUUCAGUGGCGAUGACAAUAAAAUGGUGCAAUUUGUCUACGAGGACAGGGAGGACGCCCUUAAACGUGCCAAUGCUCUCGAUAGUAAGAUCGUAGGAGACGCUCAAAGGAUUGGAGGGGAUAGUUAUGUGAAAGUAGUUUCGGCAGCACUUAGACAGGCUUAUGGCGGCACUGAAAUGGUGGGCACAGCUGCCAAGCCAUGGAUGAUGUUGAAGGAGAUCUCAUCCAAUGGCAACUGUCAGACAGUGGAUGUGAUUUACCCUCACUUUCCCGUUCAGUUAUAUCUGAACCCAACUCUACUGCGACUCCUUAUGGAGCCAUUGCUCGACAAUCAGGAGAGAGGGUUCUUCCCCAAGAAGUAUUGUAUCCAUGAUUUGGGGACUCAUUAUCCCCGUUGUAUUGGACACACAGAUGGCAAACAGGAGGACAUGGAGGUGGAGGAGAGCGCCAAUAUGGUGAUCAUGAUGUCAGCCUAUGUCAGGGCCACUAAUGAUAAACAAUUUGCUCAAAAACACUAUAACAUCGCAGAACAGUGGACACAGUAUUUGGUGGAUCACGGGUUGAUCACCGGCGACGCUCUAACCACUGAUGACUUUUUGGGCAAAAUCAAGAACUCGACAAACCUCUCACUGAAAGCCAUUAUAGGCAUCGGAGCUAUGGGUCAGUUGGCGGAAGUGGUCGGCAAUCAUGACGACCAACAAAAGUAUAGACAAAUCGCUGAGAAAUAUGUGACGGAAUGGAUUCGUAUGGGAGAAGACCCCUCUAAUAAACACAUGAAACUCAGUUAUAAUGACAACAACACCUGGUUUAUGAUCUAUAAUCUCUAUGCGGACGUCAUUUUGGACACCAAAUUGGUUCCCGAAUCGAUAUACAAACAACAGGACGAGUGGUACCUAUCGAUGCAAAAUUAUUAUGGCGUACCCUUAGGUAGUGGUACACCUCAUACAAAGUUUGAUUGGGUUAUGUUUACGGCCGCCGCCUCCACUAACGCCAAACUCCGACAGUCUAUGUUUGAUAGGACUGCCCAAUGGCUUCGGGAAACGCCAGACCACGUGCCCUUCUCGGACUGGGUUGACACACAAACUGGUGGUUCCCGAGGAUUUAAGAAUCGUCCUGUUAUUGGGGGUGUAUUCGCGCCGUUGACUAUUAAACACUAAUAUAUGGUUUACAUGAAUUAAAAAAUCAUUUGUUUGCACUAAUAUAGAAUAAUAAUUAUAUAAUUAUGUUAUAGAAUAAUUAUACUAUAUUUAAUUAAAAGCUAAAUUUGAUUGUGUGUUAUGAAUAAUUUACAUAGAUUUCAAAAUAAGGGAUACAAAGGGUUGUUCAAAAUGUAACCCAAAUAUAAAUGGACGAAUAAGGAUUUUAAUACUGUUUUGAGAUAUGGA